CUCGGAAAAGGUUGGAGGGAUCAGCAGCUCUGAAUAGUCCUUUUCAUCUUCAAUGGGGAAGAAAUCGAAGGGCGUAAAAGAAGCUUUGAGGCUCAAGGCUGAUGAAUCUAACCACAACAAGGCAUUAAAUCUAUCGAUACCAACUUUAAAGACGAUAAAAUUUAAGAACACUAAUGAGUCUAAUGUUAGAAGAUCUGGCCGGCUUCAAAUGCAUACCUCACCAGUCGUUGCAAAACCUGUUGUUGAGGAAAUCGAUCUUGCUGAUAAGAACACUAUGGAGGAAAUGAACACCGUAAAUGAAGAACAUGCAAGCAUUGAUCAACUUAUGGAUGAAAUUGAUAAAGGUGAUGGAAUACCCGAUGAGGAGAUUAACGCUAAUCCAACCGAAGAACUGAUAAGCACGAAAGAGAAAUUUGAGUUCCUUUACAAGACAGCAAAAGAAUUUGAAAACUCAAAGACAUUCAAACGACCCUCCUCAAGUGAAACUACUUAUGGGGAUCUCAACUACAGAAGCUUGUAUAUUGCCUCUCAACAAAAGAUUGAGGUGUUGACCGAGGAAAACUCUAAACUUGCCAAGAAAUUGGAAUUUGCUCUUGGGAAGAUUGAAGCUAACUUGGGGUUGGUCUGCUCAGAGUUCGCCACUCCUGUAAAAUGACAAUGUGUUAUUUGUCCAUAUGUACAGUACGAGAAGAUGAAUGGUAUCGUUGGAAAGCCGAAAGAUAUGAUGCUUCUUACAAAUCUAUCUCAAAUAUUGGCCGCUGCUGCAUCACCUAACCUAGCUCUAAAGACACCUGGGGAAAACUGUGGCAGUGAUGGUCAACCUAGCUCUAAACCUUCUCCUCAACCAAAGGCUGGGCAAAAACAUGCACCAAGUUGUAGCAAAAGGAAAAAAAGUUCUUAAUUCUCAAGUUGUUGACUUGUAAUGAUUAACUCAACUGGCUAUUUCGUUGUUAGGAUAGUAAUGAUUGACUUAACUACCUUUUUGACGCCCUUAGUGUAAAGGGGUUCAUAUUUUGCAGUUUCUCGGUAGUUGAGAGAACAAUGGUAUGAUGCAGGAAACGUAAUACUCUG